AUCGGAAAGGAUAAUAAAUUCGGAAGAAACCUCAAAUCAAACUGAAGAAAUGAAUUCGAAUAUAAAUGUCAUGAUGAGCACUAAAAGAGUACUCAAUUCUGACCAAAAAUUUCGAAAGUUUCGCGUGAAUUGGGAAAAAAUCGGAGGCACAAUUUUGAAAAAACUGUCUGCUUUGCAUGAACAUCGGACUAAAAACCCUGAAAGCGCCAUUCCCAGGGAAUUGCAUUUUACUAAGCAAAAUUGGACCAGUUUGGUGCAAAGUGUUAUUGACCAAAUGAUUAUCAUCGACAAGAAACCAAGUGCAACAGUUUUGGGCGAAGUGGCCAAGUCGAUUCUGCUAGAAUACCCUUGCCUUGGAUUUACGGAUGACGAUGGAUUCGAACGGUUGCUUGGAUACAUUCCACUGAAACAAAAGCUUAUUAGCAGACGGAACUAUUUACUAAGAUUUGUUAACGAACAACCGCAUCAACGAGCAUCGACAAGAAAAAGUACGAACCGUAAUUUGAGGGCCGGUACGCUAACAGAAUAUUGGCAAAUGUCGUCCAAUUCUUGCUCAAAAGAAGUUUUAAGUACUCUGCAAAGAAAUGAUAGCGAAUUGCUAAGUGACGACUUUUUGGUCGCAUCACAGCCAUACGUUCGUUUCAUAUUGGACGAAUCAAAACCUGUGCUCGAAAUAAUGUCUCAGUUCCCAGUAAUGAAACAAAAGAAAUUACUAUCAUUUCAUUUUGAAAGAGCAACGGGAGUACCUUCGGAUUCAAUGCACAAAUAUUUUACAGCAAAACGUUGUAAAAUAAUUGAUUAUUCCAAAACAAAAAAAAAGUUUCAAAGCCUUGAUGAUGACGCAACCGAUUUACAAAUAAUCGAUUUUAUAUGUGGAAGACUUGGCGAACGAAUUUCCGAUUUAAUUAUUGCCAAAGAGAUGGGAACUCAGCUGCGCGAACUGAGGGUCGAGAGCAAUUGUCCUGUGAUUGUUGCCAUUGAUCUUGGAAACAGAGCAUCAAUGCACUACGUGUUUCUCGAUGAAGCAUGUGUGACAGGAGGAACCGUUGAUUUAAUUGAAGCCCUAUCAGAAUUAAUGUAUGUGCAGUUCGUGUACAAUCGAAUGUACUCAAAGCACAUUUCGAAAUUCCUUGAGUUCAUUCAAGAAUAUUUUUUUAAAAUUUCAAGUGUUUCUGGGUCCAAAUCAAAAGCUACCAGGACGAAUCGGAUCCAAAGAUUGGUUGCUUCUGUUAUAGAAGAAAUAUCGAAUUUUUCUUCCCCUAUUUGAUUUUUUUUACG